CUUCGAGAGACUCACAUGGGUUUGUUUUGAGUGUUGUCUGUUUGACAGUUCCUCUGUUCUUAUCGCUUCUUUAGAUUUAAAAACGCCGACAUUAGCGGAAAUAUGUUGCCCACGGAUGGUCUCGUGUGUUUCCCCGGUCAGACGUGGGAGAAGGUGCUGUCAAAAGUAAAAAAGGCUGUUGUUUUCAUGGAUGACCGAUGCUCGGAGAGUCUCCACUGGAACGGAGGAGCUGCGCUACUAUUCGAGGCUGGAGCUCGAAACAUCAAGCAGUUCUCGAGCUUUGAAGCGGGUGCACAGAAUGAACCCAAAGCUGUGUUCGUGGUCAGCACUGUGUUAAAAGGUAGAACCGCAGACAUUAUAAAGGACAUCAUUUCUCUCAGCCACUUCCAGUACUGUGUGGUUUUCACGACUGUUCCUCACUCCAUUCACCUGCUUGCUAAUAAUGUGAGCGCUGAUCUGGAGGGGAACCCAGUGUUCGAGCAGUUCGAGGAGAAACUGUGUGAAUGGAUGGGUGAUAUGAACUACACUGCUGAGGUUAUGCACGCUCCUGUGGUCUUCGCCCCUUUGACACAACACCUCCAUAUUUUACCUGCUUUCUCUGAUCUCUUCCCUUUACUGGACGUUGAUCUUGAGUCCAUCAACGAGAAGAGGCCGGAGAAGAAGAGAUUUGGGAGUCUGAUGGAUGUGGAUUUACAUUCUCUGCCACCUGAGCUGCAGAUUCAGAUUAAAACUCUUGUAUCGACUCUCAAUGGCCUGUUUGAGUUCAUCAGUACCCGUGAGGAGAGCUUUUCGGUGGGUCCGAUGAGCCGUCUGAUCGCAACAGAGUUGGCCAAUCUUCCACAAGCCAAAAACAGGAGGAAGACGGCCCCUAAUAAAGCAUCAGUAGUGUUUGUGGACAGAACUCUUGAUCUUACAGGAGCUGUUGGCCACCAUGGGGACAAUCUAGCUGAGAAAAUUCUAUCAGUUUUGCCACAGUUGCCUGGUCAUGUGACUGACGUUCAAGUGGACAUGAUGGAGCUCACACACCUGAAGCAGACAACUGAUACGAAGGGCAUCUUGGCACCAGGCUGCUUGGCACAGAACCAAUCAGCCACUGCGAGGUUGCUAUGGGAGACAAUGCUGGUUGCUAAGCAAAAAGAGGCUGUGAUAGAAGUGAGGAGGCAACUGGUGGAAGCAGCCAGCAAAGAGAACCUGCCAAUCAAAAUGAGUCUGGGCCGAGUUACAGCUGAACAGCUCUGUUCAUAUGUGCAGUUGUUUCGAGACAGUUGGGGGGCUCUGGAGAGUCACAGUGGGGUCCUACAGCUGGGACUGGCUGCUGCUCAAGCGCUCCGUCAUCCUGAUCUCCAGCGCUGGGAUGCCUGCCUUGCUUUUGAGAGACUUCUCCUGCAGGCCUUAGGAGACUCAGACCUGGCAGGGGUUCUGAAACAACUUCUUCCCCUCAUAAAGUCAAGUGAGUCUGGAACAGGUUCUGACCUGAGCAUGGAUGAUCUUCUGGUGCUGCUGGUUUAUGUGUACUCUGUGGCCAAAGAAGCCUGUCCGGGUGGUUCUGAGGAGGAAAAGCAGGUGGAGAAGGUGGAGCAGGAGCUGAUUGGUGCAUUAACACUUCGACUCACCCGUGAAAGCACAUUAAGCCCUCUGGUGCAGGAGAUCACAGGAGUGUUGUGUCCUGAGGAGCUGACGAUGGAGUGUGCUCACUCUGCCCUGGAGAGCAUGUUUGGGACUCUGAGGGGAGUCGCUCGUGCCCGAGACCACCUGAAGAACUUCAGAUCUGUGUUCACUUCGGGUGAUGGAACCCACCAGGCAACAUACCGGCCAUUGCUGAAGCAGGUGCUAGAGGAGAUCUUCCACUCCGACAGACGUGAAUGCCCUGAUAUAGAGCACAUGUCUGGAGGACUCACUGAACUCCUCAAGACUGGCUUCAGCAUGUUCAUGAAGGUCAGCCGACCACACCCAAGUGAUCAUCCACUUUUGUUUCUAUUCCUGGUGGGCGGAGUCACACCAUCAGAGCUCCGCCUCAUUCGUGAAGUUGUCUCCACCCAUAAGUCAGGCACUCAGGUAAUCAUAAUGUCCACUAGGUUGCUGAGACCUUCCGAUGUCCCUCGCUUACUCUUCAACAUUGACAGACUCAGACCUGACAUUGGGGUGUGAAAAGACUGGACACACAUAUUUUUCCUAGUUAAACAGAUUCUAUCCCACAUAAUUCAACUUUUGUGUCUCUGAGGAAUCUGAAUCAACAAAAUCACACUUAAAAAUGUAGAGAUUUUGCUUCUGUUUUUUGUGGAAUACCACAGUAUCCCAUUCCAUGUUCACAUUUUGUUGUGUAUGACCAAUGUGUGGAAACUGUUUACAUCACAGUAUGAAAUAAGAUGGGUUUGUUUUGCAUAAAUUGAACUGAACUGAACUAAAUUAAGAGUUCUGUGAAAAGAAAUUGCUAAAUUGUCAGAACUGAGGUAAAAAGUCACAAUUAACUUUUAAUUUUGUAUGCCUAUUGCUUCCAUCAAUGACACUGUGUAACCUCCAAAAAAACUAAAUUAAUUCCCUCAAAUAAAGUUUGGGAAUAUAC